GCACAGCAGGCUUUGUUUACACAGCCAUCCGACCACAGCCAGUUAGCUUGCUCUGCUGUGCUGUGCUCCAGCAAGUGUGAGUUCAGAGCCAGGAGGGAAGGGAUUGCAAGUCUUACUUUGCUAGAACCACGAGGGAGUGCGACCAGAAGAGUUUACUUUGCUUGGAGGCCACAAGUGCGGUGAAAUUCUACAUAGGAGGUGGUGAAACUAGAGAACAUUAUGUUCUUCAGUUUUGUUUGAAAUGCUUCUUUGAAAAAAAAAAAAAAAAAUCCUCCACCCCUGCACUCAACGCUGUGUUUUCAUUGGACAACGUGGGACAUACAGUAGAUGAAGAGAAGAACAGGCGGCAAUUUCUUCAAACUUGUGUUGUGCCUUACUUGGGCUACAGCGCUGCGUGAAUCUGGGAAAAGCCAAGUUAUUUUGGAUAUACAGAUUUUUCCUUUUCUUUUGGAAAACUCUCUGAAGGAUUUGAUACAUUUUAGUGGGAAAGGUUGUCUCCGCUGUGCUAUGCACAAUAACUCCCAUUCAGUUUGUAUCUGAGAGGAAUAUUCAGGAGAGAGAGCAACGGCCAUGGAGUGGGAGCACAGGGAGAGAGAGCCCUGCUUGUCCCCAGCAGCAUUUGUUAAUCAGGUGCAAUACUCUAACAUCUUGGAAGGACGGUUUAAACAGCUGCAAGAUGAGCGUGAAGCAGUACAGAAGAAGACCUUUACGAAAUGGGUAAACUCUCACUUGGGCCGAGUGACCAGUCGCAUUGGUGAUUUGUACACUGACCUACGCGAUGGCCGCAUGCUAAUCCGCCUUCUGGAAGUGCUCUCGGGAGAACAGCUGCCAAAGCCCACCAAGGGACGCAUGCGUAUCCACUGCCUGGAGAAUGUCGAUAAAGCCCUGCAAUUUCUUAAGGAGCAAAAAGUCCAUCUAGAAAACAUGGGCUCACAUGACAUUGUGGACGGAAAUCACCGUCUCACCCUGGGUCUCAUUUGGACAAUAAUCCUUCGCUUCCAGAUCCAGGAUAUCAGUGUGGAAACAGAAGACAACAAAGAGAAGAAAUCAGCUAAAGAUGCCCUGCUGCUUUGGUGCCAAAUGAAAACUGCUGGAUAUCCCAAUGUCAACAUCCACAACUUCACUACCAGCUGGCGGGACGGUCUGGCGUUCAAUGCCAUCGUGCACAAACACAGACCUGACGUGAUUGAGUUCGACAACUUGAAGAGAUCCAACGCUCACUACAAUCUCCAGAAUGCCUUCAACGUGGCUGAGAAGGAACUGGGGCUUACGAAGCUGCUGGACCCAGAAGAUGUCAAUGUUGAUCAGCCUGAUGAAAAGUCCAUCAUCACCUAUGUGGCCACCUACUAUCAUUACUUCUCCAAGAUGAAAGCUCUCGCGGUGGAAGGCAAAAGAAUUGGCAAGGUGCUGGACUAUGCUAUUGAGGCCGACCAGCUGAUAGAGAAGUAUGAAACCCUGGCCUCAGAGCUGCUGCAGUGGAUUGAGCAGACCAUAGGGACACUCAACGAUAGGCAGCUUGCUAACUCACUGAGUGCUGUGCAGAACCAGCUCCAGGCUUUCAACUCCUACCGAACUGUGGAGAAACCCCCCAAAUUUACAGAAAAAGGAAACUUGGAGGUUCUCCUUUUUACCAUCCAAAGCAAAAUGCGAGCAAACAACCAGAAAGUCUACAUGCCAAGAGAGGGAAAACUCAUCUCUGAUAUCAAUAAGGCAUGGGAGCGACUGGAAAAGGCAGAGCAUGAACGUGAGCUGGCGCUGAGAAAUGAGUUGAUUCGACAGGAGAAGCUGGAGAUGCUCGCCGCUCGCUUUGACCGCAAGGCUGCUAUGAGGGAGACGUGGCUGAGUGAGAACCAGAGGCUGGUGUCUCAGGACAACUUUGGGACUGAUUUGGGAGCAGUGGAAGCCGCCACCCGUAAACACGAGGCAAUUGAGACAGACAUUGGGGCAUACUGGGAGCGUGUGGCUGCUGUGGAGGCUGUUGCCAAAGAGCUGGAAGCAGAGGCAUACCAUGAUGUACGGCGUGUACUUGCCCGAAGGGAUAAUGUGCUUCGACUCUGGGAAUACCUGAAAGAGCUUCUGGUUGCACGCAGGGAGCGGCUGAACGCCCACCGUGACCUACAGAGACUGUUUCAGGAGAUGCGCUACAUCAUGGACUGGAUGGCAGACAUGAAGAGUCGUCUGCAGUCUCCAGACAGUGGCAAACAUCUGCACGACGUGUUAGACCUUCGUCAGAAACACACUCUGGUAGAAGCGGACAUUUCAGCUCAGGCAGAGAGAAUCAAGGCCGUGCAGGGAGCAGCAAAGCGCUUCACUUCCUAUGAGCAGGCCUACAAGCCAUGUGAGCCGGGACUUGUUAGUGAAAAGGUUGACCUUCUGGGUCAAGCCUAUGAGGAGCUUGGUCAACUUGCUGGUAAACGCAGAGAACGGCUCGAGGACUCUCGCCGCCUGUGGCAGUUCCUGUGGGAUAUCGGAGAGGAGGCAGCUUGGAUCAGAGAGCAGGAGCAGAUCCUGGCUAGUGGAGACUGUGGGCGUGACCUUACUUCUGCUCUCCACCUGCUCAGUAAACAUGAGGCUUUCAGAGAUGAGAUGGCAGCCCGCUACGGCCCCUUGAGUAACAGCAUUGCAGCAGGGGAAGCUUUGCUGAAUGAGGGACACUAUGGAGCCCCAGAGGUCACCGAGAGGAUUCAAGACAUCCGCUCACAGUGGGCACAUCUUGAGGAGACAACUAAACUGAGAGAGCAGAAACUUAAAGAAGCUGUGGCCCUGCUUCAGUUCCAAACCGAUGCCGAUGACAUGGAGGCCUGGAUCAUGGAGACACUUAGGCAAGUGUCAAGUCAUGAGGUGGGCCACGAUGAGUUCUCUACUCAAACUCUAGCUCGCAAACAGAGGGAGAUAGAAGAGGAGAUUCAAAGCCACCGCCCACUCAUCGAAUCCUUGCAUGAGCAGGUUCAAGCACUGCCGCAGGCAUAUGUACAAUUCCCUCAGGUGGAUGGCCGCCUCCCUGCUAUUGAGCAGCGCUAUGAAGAGCUGGAAACACUGUCAGUAGCUCGGCGGCAGGCUCUGGAAGGAGCCCUGGCCCUUUACCGCAUGUUCAGUGAAGCUGGUGCCUGCCAGCUGUGGGUGGAAGAAAAGGAGCAGUGGUUAGAUAGCAUGGAGAUCCCUACCAAACUGGAGGACUUGGAGGUGGUGCAGCAGAGAUUUGAGACUCUUGAACCUGAGAUGAACAACCUCGGCACUCGUGUCACUGAUGUGAACGAGGUGGCAGAGCAGCUGCUGAGCUCGGACAACUGUAACAAAGACCAAAUCCACCAGACACGAGACCAACUACACAACAGAUGGAUGGAGUUUGAACAGCUGGCCGGUCAAAAGAAACAGGCCCUAGAGUCUGCCCUCAACAUCCAAAACUACCACCUAGAGUGCAAUGAGAUUCAAACGUGGAUGAAGGAAAAGACCAAGGUGAUUGAAUCCACUCAGAGCCUCGGCAACGACCUGGCUGGAGUGAUGGCACUGCAACGCAAACUCACUGGUAUGGAGAGGGACCUGGAGGCUAUUCAGGGCAAAUUGGAUGACCUGAGAAACGAGGCAGAAAAGCUGGCCAAGGAACAUCCAGAUCAGGCAGGAGAGAUCCAAGGCCGCCUGGCAGAGAUUCAAGAAGUGUGGGAGGAGUUGAACGCGACCAUGAAGCGACGUGAGGAGUCACUGGGUGAAGCCAGCAAGCUGCAGGGCUUCCUCAGGGAUCUGGAUGACUUUCAGUCCUGGUUGUCCCGCACUCAGACGGCCGUGGCCUCGGAGGACAUUCCCACUUCUCUGCCUGAGGCUGAAAGUUUGUUAGCCCAGCAUGAGAGUAUCAAGAAUGAGGUGGAUAACUAUAAGGAGGACUAUGAGAAGAUGCGGGCGGUUGGUGACGAGGUGACCCAAGGUCAGACAGAUGCCCAGCACAUGUUCUUGGCCCAGAGGCUCCAGGCACUGGAUACUGGCUGGCAUGAGUUGCGUCGCAUGUGGGAAAACCGCCACAGUCUUUUGGCCCAAGCCUUUGACUUCCAGACUUUCCUGAGAGAAGCAAAGCAGGCGGAAGCUUUCCUGAACAGCCAGGAGUAUGUACUGUCCCAUACAGAGAUGCCUGCCAGUCUCCAGGCAGCAGAAGAGGCCAUUAAGAAGCAUGAGGAUUUCCUCACUACCACAGAGGCCAGUGAGGAGAAAAUAAAUGGUGUAGUGGAGACCGGACGGCGCCUCAUUAAUGACUCUAAUGCAAACUCUGAUAAGAUCGAAGAAAAAGUGGAAUCCAUCCAAGAAAGGCAUCUUAAGAACAAGGAGGCUGCAAAUGAAUUGCUUACAAAACUGAAGGACAACCGUGAACUUCAGCAUUUCCUCCAAGAUGGGCAGGAGCUCACAUUGUGGAUCAAUGAGAAGAUGCUUACGGCUCAAGACAUGUCUUAUGAUGAGGCCAGGAAUCUUCACAGCAAGUGGCAGAAGCACCAGGCCUUCAUGGCCGAACUGGCCUCCAACAAAGACUGGCUAGACAAAAUUGACAAGGAGGGUCAGGCUCUAGUAGCAGAGAAGCCCGAGCUGAAACCUGUUGUCCAACAGACCCUGGAGGACCUUCAGCAUCAGUGGGAGGAGCUGGAAGGCACCACCCGCACCAAGGCCCAGUGUUUGUUCGAUGCCAACAGGGCUGAGCUGUUUACACAGAGCUGCUCCGCUCUAGAUGUCUGGCUGAAAAACCUGGAGGGUCAGCUGCAUAGUGACGAAUAUGGCAAAGAUUUGACCAGCGUCAACAUCCUGCUCCAGAAGCACCAGAUGCUGGAGCACCAGAUGGAAGUCAGAGAGAAGGAGGUGCAGUCCCUGCAGUCUCAGGCUCUGGCCCUGUCCCAGGAGGACGCUGGACUGGCUGAGGUAGAUGGUCAACAAAGGCGUGUCACUGACAACUUCUCAAACCUGCAGGAGCCUCUGAAACUGAGGAGACAGCGACUGCUCGCCUCCAAAGAAGCACAUCAGUUCAACAGAGAUCUGGAGGAUGAAAUUCUCUGGGUGAAAGAGAGGAUGCCCCUGGCGACCUCCACCGACCAUGGAAAAGACCUGCCUACCGUUCAGUUGCUAAUCAAGAAGAACCAGACAUUGCAGAAAGAGAUCCAGGGCCACCAGCCUCGCAUUGAUGACAUCCACAGACGAGGACAGACACAGAGCCAGGUGGAUGGUGAGAGACAGUCUGUCCUAGAGGAGCGUCUUGUCGAGCUGAAGGACCUUUGGGACCAACUGAUUGCAGAGACAGACAAACGUCAUGCCCGUUUGAUAGAGGCCAAUCGCGCCCAGCAGUUCUAUGCUGAUGCAGCGGAGGCAGAGGCCUGGAUGGGCGAACAAGAGCUACACAUGAUGUCGGAAGAAAAGGCCAAGGAUGAGCAAAGCGCACUGGUGAUGGUCAAGAAGCACCAGAUCCUGGAGCAGGCACUUGAAGACUACGCCCAAACUAUUCACCAGCUGGCCAACAGCAGCCGCCUCAUGGUCACCAGUGAACACCCUGAGAGUGAGAGAAUCACCUUACGGCAAGCCCAAGUGGACAAGCUGUAUGCAGGGUUGAAGGAUCUCGCUGAGGAGCGUCGUGGGCGGCUUCAGGAGAGACUGCGGCUGACCCAGCUGAAGCGGGAGGUGGAUGACCUAGAACAGUGGAUUGCUGAGAGGGAGGUGGUUGCUGGCUCCCAUGAACUAGGACAGGACUAUGAACAUGUCACAAUGCUUAGGGACAAGUUCCGGGAGUUUGCCCGUGACACCAGCACCAUCGGCCAAGAGCGAGUCGAUGGUGUAAAUGGGUUGGCAGAUGACCUGAUUGAGUCGGGACAUCCUGAGAACGCCAGUGUGGCUGAGUGGAAGGAUGGGUUAAACGAGGCCUGGGCAGAUCUGCUGGAGCUGAUUGACACACGCACACAAAUGUUGGCAGCCUCCUAUGAGUUGCACCGCUUCCAUCAGGACGCCAUGGAGGUGCUUGGACGUGUCAAGGAAAAGCGGGAGGCACUGCCCUCUGAUCUCGGCCGUGAUCUGAACACUGUCCAACAUUUACACAGGCAGCACAACACUUUUGAACAUGACAUCCAGGCCCUGAGUGGACAGGUUAACCAGGUUCAAGACGAUGCAGCGCGGCUGCAGAAGGCUUACGCUGGAGAGAAAGCUGAUGACAUCAACAGGAGUGAACACGCUGUGACCUCUGCCUGGGAGGGCCUGCUCGAGGCUGGUCAGGCCCGCAGGCUCCUCCUGCUGGACACGGUGGAGAAGUUCCGCUUCUUUAACAUGGUGCGAGACCUCAUGCUUUGGAUGGACGGUGUCAACCUGCAAAUUGAUGCGCACGACAGUCCCAGGGAUGUAUCGUCAGCAGGGCUGGUCAUUGCCAAUCACCAGGAUAUCAAGUCAGAGAUUGAGACCAGGGCAGACAGCUUUACUGCCUGUAUUGAGAUGGGAAAUACUCUCAUAAACAAUAAUCACUAUGCAGCUGAUGAGAUUCGGGAGAAACUGGUUCAGCUCCAGGAAAAGAGAGACAGGAUCAACAAAAACUGGCAUGACAAGAUGGACCAUUUACAAAUUGUGCUGGAGGUGCUGCAGUUUGGACGCGAUGCCUAUGUGGCAGAGUCUUGGUUGGCUGGGCAAGAACCUCUGGUGCGAGCAGCAGAGCUGGGUUCAAACGUGGACGAGGUAGAGAGCCUAAUCAAGCGUCACGAGGCCUUUGAAAAACUUGCGGCAUCUUGGGAAGACCGUUUUGUCCUAUUGGAGAAACUCACCACUCUGGAGGAGCAUGAGAUGCAGAGGAGGCGAGAGGAAGAGGAGAGGGCACGUCGACCCCCUACACCACCUCCAGCUGAAGAAGUUGCACAGUCUGAGACAGAAAGUCACGUACAUGAUUCUGCAGCCAGAACCAGUCUGGACCAGACCACACUCAAUCAGACGGUGUCAGUGAACGGAGUACACAGUGACAAUGACACGUCUCAGCAGUGCUUAUCGAUAUCGUUGUCAGUGGGAAAGAAAUCAGAGCCUAAACGUGUGUGUAAGCCAAAGCAGCCGGAGCGUGUGAGUACCAAGGGCUCCGAGUCGGAGUCAGUGAACGGACCAGGUAGGGACAGUGGGCUGGCGUCUUCUCGCCUUGAGCCGUCCGCCACGUUGCCAAGCAGGGGAGGUGCAGAGUCCGAUCCAGAGACAAUGGAGGGGAUGCUCUGUCGAAAACAGGAGAUGGAGUCCCACAGCAGAAAGGCAGCUAGCAGGUCCUGGCAGAACGUGUACUGUGUCUUAAGAAAAGGAAGUCUCGGUUUCUACAAAGACGGAAAAAGCGCCAGCAACGGCAUUCCAUAUCACGGAGAGGUACCCAUCAGCCUUGGAGAGGCCGUGUGUGAGGUAGCCAAUGACUAUAAGAAGAGGAAAAAUGUAUUCAAGCUCAGGCUCGGGGAUGGUAAAGAGUACCUGUUCCAAGCCAAAGAUGAGGCGGAAAUGAGCGCCUGGAUCCACUCCAUCCUCGGUUCCAUUCCAACAGGAUCAGGAGACUCGCCUGGAGGUCCGCGGGCCCUCAGCCGCGCAAUGACGAUGCCUCCCAUCUCCCCCGGCGCAGGUGACGCUGGAGGUGUUACCAUGCGCAACAGAGAGGGGAAGGAGAAGGAUCGCGAGAAGAGGUUCAGCUUCUUUGGCAAGAAGAAAUAGAACACUUGUGAAAUCAACAGUGGAAACUGCAUUUGUCCAAUGUGUAGCAGGUAAAUAGAAAAGUACAAACGGUUCAAACAAACACACUGCUCUCAGUGCAGGCCCCAAGGAAUCUCUCGACAGCUACUGUACCGUAUGCAGCAUUCAGAGAACUUUGUUUUCUUUUCUUUCUCUCCCUCGCCGGUUUUACCUGUCAUUGGCUUUUUUGAUCUCCCGAUCCACAUUUCACAUUUAGCUGCACCCAACAAUGAAAGCCCUCAUCCAAAGGCGAAGUCCGCCAACCAGCAGAGCCUAGUCUGAGUCAGUAAUAGUCAUACGCUGGGAUCCAGGCCCGGUUCACUUCCAAUCCACCAAAUCGGCUCCUCUUCAGCUUGAACUUUUCCUUUUCAGUGAGUCUUCACUAGCAGAGUCGUUUUGAUGCUGUGUCACUAAUAAAACACUGGAUGGUGGCUUUCCACUGGGGUGCACUCUGGUUUUAUUUCCUCCACUUUUUCUCUCUUUGGGAAGGAUCACAUCAGUCUAUUUUUCUGUUCUUAGUAUUGAUGUUAUUAACCUGACCAAUAUUAUUGCUAUUAUUAUUAUUAUUAUUGUUAUUUAUCUUUUGCUAUUGCUGGUUUGAGAAAACAAAUCUGACAGUAGAUAAUCUUGAUCUAUGUUGUGGAGAGAAAUACAUUUAGUUAAACUAGUGGAAAAUGUUGGGCUUGCCCUUGUAUGUUUUUUUUUUUUUUUUAAGGAAUGACAGUUGUUGAGGUGUUUUGAGAAAAAAAUAAAACUCUUUCAAGUUUUAGCUGUGUGCAGUAAAUGAUCACAACUUUCACUGGGAAUAUAAUAUGAUAUAUAUAAAUAUAUAUUUAAUAAGUGGUUUUAUUUUUUAUUUUAUCUCAAAUUUUGCCUGUAUUUGAUUAUUUCUUUUGAGUGGUCUUUUCUGCUUGAUUUCCAACAUUUCUUUCUGUACAAAGCAGAGAAGAUUAGUUUUCUAGUGCGUGCGUGCGUGCUUGUGUGUGUGUGCUUGUGUGUGAGAGUUGUGGUGCUGUGGAUUUUGCACUUUUAUGUUAUUCCUAAUUAAGUGCAGCCAUGUGGAUGCUGCUUUUGGUAUGCAAAUGCAGACGAAAGCCAGACGCAAAAUCAAACUGGAAUUUUUUCAUAAAAUACGCUCUCUUUUGCUUUUGGUUGUUAAUAUAUGUAAGGUGACAUUACCAAUGAAGUUUCUCAAGACGGUUUUUAUUAUUUCUGUUUCAUUCUCCUAAUAACUAUUUCUGUUCUCUCUCCAUCUGCUGGUGUGAAGGCGUGGGGUAGUUUGUAGAUAAAAAGCUGAAGCACACGUGAGCAGGACAGGCGGACAGCUGACAGGGUCUUAUUACAGGUGAAGUGAGGGGUGUGGAAGUGAGAUUGGACAGGCAGAGAAGAAUGCGGUUUAUGUGCUCCCCGACAGAGAGAGGUGUACUGAGCCUUACUUGAACCCACUACAGAUACACUGAACCUCCCUUUUUUUUACAAUCCCACCUUCCAUUAGAGAAAUAUUUCUUAGUACAAGGACCAGAAUGUUAAAAAUGUGCCCUGUGGCAAUGAUCGAACAUGUGUCAGUGGAUUAUAUAUGCAGGGACAAUAUGAAUCAACAGAAAACCAUGUAAAGCUAAAGAGGGAAAAGUCCUAAAUUCUCUUUUCUCUCGCAUAUGUGGCAUGACUUCAUGUAGGUUUAUACUUGUGUCUGUCUCAUCUGUUCUUUUGUGUGUUGAUGUGCUCUGAAAACAUAGAUCACUUCAUAUUCAGGGUUGGAGAGCAACGACUUCUCAGUAAUUGGCAUUUACAUUAAUUUAAUGUAUUAAAAAAAGAUAUUUAGUCUUAAAUACUGUUCUUGUUUAAAAGGAAAGGGCAUUUACUGUAAAUUUUGAGACUAAGCAUUAGCGCAAGACUACUGAGACUAUUGGAAAUUGUUGGUAACUGUGUUUAUAGUCAGUUACUUAAAUCCAAGUGUUCAUUUGCCUUUUGUAACAGCCAAAAAGCUAAAGGAAGUUACAGUACAAGUAGGUUGCUGGUAAUCAAUAAUUUGAAAUGUAUUACAUUUUGAAAGUGGCUCUUUAAAGCUGGUACUUGACUGGAUGCGUACAGUACCACGUCUUGGAGGGCUGGUUAGUUCACAGGAAUGUCGCACCAAACUUUGGUUGCAGUUUAGUCAGGUUGGCCUUAUUCUCCAGUCCCAAAUGAAUGUGGAACUGUUGGUCAAAUCAGAGGAGUAUCUGAACGUCCACUUGGAGACUUCAGUUGACCGCACCUGCUCCAAACGUUAUCAACUCUGCCUUGUCCCUGUCAGGCGGACUUUGCAUCCUGGGUGUGUGACAGAGCUCCUGGGGUCAGUCUAGUUUUAGCCUUAAACCAAAAGCUGAACAGGUUAAAAAGGUUGUUGCAUACAUUGGUGAGCCAGCGCAGUUUGCGUACUUUGUGCACAAUUUCAUAUGGAUCAUUCUCCCCCAGUUGGAUGAGCCGUUUCUCUAAGUUCUGGACAUCAGACAUCAUCCAUCCGACGUUUGGGAGCUCAAGUUUAUAGCUCAGUGUAUUUUCUUAUCAGCCCAUUUGAAUGUGCGAUGAUUCAAAUUAGUUUGGCCAAAUUGGCCAUGUGAAGCAAAAAUAUUAUACUUGACAUACUGUACAUGAGCUCUCUCACUCACGCACACACUCACACAUUAAUACUGUACUGUACAUUCAAUGCAGAAUGACCUUGGCGAUCCAGUCUUGUGGAAAUGUCCUCAGCCGGCUGUGACUCGAUGUUGCAAAGGCAUCCUUUUAAAUAUGAGCAGAGCGUCGGAUGUGUGCUUGUUAUUGAUGUCAAAGAGAUGAGUUUUUGGUUAUGAGAGUACUUUUCACACUGGAGUACUUAAUGAAGAAAACCACUUUUAUUUGUUGAGUAUUAGAUAUGAGUGAAAACCGACUGGUGACAAUUUUUGCUUCCUUUUUUAGAAGAAGGCAGGAUAUUUGCUGUCUAGUGGGAGCUUGUAUUUUUUCAUCCAGUAGUCUGUCUUGCAGCAUUUGAUAAGCCUGUCCGACUACCUUCAAUUCUCAUUACUUUUGACGAAUGUCUGUUCCUCCCUCUGUAAUUCAGAGUUGUUAAUACCACUACUAUUAUUAAUUGCUAUUAUUAUCAUUAUUGCUACUGUUGUUACUAUUACUACUACUGUUACUAAUGCGACUUAGUGCAAAAAGUAUAACUGCUGUCCAUUUUCAGGUACGUGUCUGUAAUACCAGACCCUUCCACACGAUGUCAGUGUGCUGUGGAGCAUUUUCAUUACAAAAAUCGAAGAUAAUGUUUGUUGACUUGUGUAUCUACAUCUAAUAUUAGGAAUAAUAAAACAUGGUUUAAUGAAAAAUA